AAAAAGGAGUUUUUAUAAAAAUUAGUAUUUGGAGCUCGGAGGUUAUUGAGAGAGUGAAUCUUUGUUUUUUUCUGUUUGCAAUCUUCUCCGGUAAAUUAACUUAGAUUCCGACUGGGAUCCAACCACCACGGAAGAGAGAACUUCGGAUUUGACGGAACCCACAAUUCUGCUGCAGCACAGUUGAUGGAUUGGUGAUGAGUCCCGGAUUCCAGCCCACCGUUUUAAUCUUUUCCAGAUUUGAGGGAUACUUUGCGUGCCAAUUUCAGCCAAUAAAUCUUUUUUGGUAGCUGGUUUGCCGAAUCGUGAUGGGAUUUUUUGGAUCUGUUUUCGGUCCUCUAUGGUUUAAUUUCUGUUUUUAUGGAUAUGCGAGGAUAAUAUCUCCAUAAAAACUCUGAUUGGCGAUCUCCAAGUGUGAUGUAUCAGGCUGUGUGAACGGGGUUUUGCUUGAUUUUUCUUCUUCGUUACAGUUCGUCUCAGGUAGAAACGAUCAUUAUCCCUUGAAUGAUUGAGAAUGAGGAUAUAAUGGCGGCGGCAGAAGCUCGGGCUGCUUGGCAGCGCGCUGCAAAUCGUUGCUUGGUCCAAGAAGAUGCUAAGAGAGCUCCAAAAUUAGCUUGCUGUCCAUCAUCAUCAUCUUUUCAGCAGAACGACUCAAGUAAUACAGAUGCUCCCAAUGGACAUGAUCAAUGUGCAUCCGGUUUUAUGCCCUCAAGUUGGAACUUUGUCAAUUCUAAUCUUCCCUCCGACACAAAAUGGUGGCUCCAGAUGCAGCCCAGCUUUGACUACAAGAAGGAUUUCAUGUUUGAACAACUUAAAGACUUAUCCAGUGAGCAUUUGAAUGAAGAAGAAGCAAUAAGCCAAGAUUCUUUCACUCAUGAGGAAAACCAUGGUGGAUUUACAGACGGUGAGGAUAAGAAAGACUUUCCUAUGGAGUCUUCCUACAUGGCGUCAGCAACUUCAAUGGAUAUGAAGGAAUUAACUGGUGCUUUAUCGCAGAAGACACUUAAGCAUAAAUUGGACAUCAGAGAAUAUUAUUUCCAGAAAGAACUUUUAGACACAAAACCAUUGUCAUCCCAAAAGAAAGAGAUGGCUAAGUUGGACUUGGAAACACCGUGGGAGAGAAGUAAUAAGUGCGAACCCUGGUGGCGUGUUUCGGAUAGAGAAGAAUUGGCUUCUUUCGUUGCACAGAAAUCACUGGAGAAUAUUGAGAAUUGUGAUCUCCCCAGACCCACCCAUAUUUGUAGAUAUCCAUUUGAUUGUCUUGAGAGUUGGGAGGGUAACAGAAUUUUCUCUUCAUUGCUUGGUUGCAAUUUAGAUUCUGGUAUGUGCCUGCCAAAUGAUUAUCCUGAGCAAAGCUAUGCAGCUAAGGAGGUGGACGGAAAAUAUUUGCGCUCAGAUCAAGCACAUCCCCUGCCUUUGACUACUGGAAAACAGGACAGUGAUGCCCGGAGCUCCAAUAUCACAGCUGCUAUUGCACCAGAAACCCAGCAAGACUCAGCAAGUGAUCCAAGCAGGACGAAGUUGCUCGAAGCCCUCUGCCUUUCGCAAACUCGAGCACGAAAAGCUGAACUAGCAGCUCAAAAAGCCUAUGACGAGAAAGAGCACAUUGUGAAGCUCUUGUUCAAGCAAGCAUCGCAUCUCUUUGCUUACAAGCAGUGGCUUCAAAUUUUACAGUUAGAGAGCCUCUUCCUCCAGCUGAGAAUCAAAGACCACCAGUUCUCUUCUGUUCUCCCCAUCCUUCCAUGGAUGCCAUUAAGGAACAAACCAGUCACUAAAGCUGGAUGCGAGGGAGGAAGAAGAGGGAGGAAGAAGCAGAAGAGAUGCAGGUUAUGUAAAUAUGCAUUACUCAUUGCUGUUGGAUUAGGCCUUGCAGGUGCAGGUCUGUUCUUAGGAUGUUGCUUUGGCUGGUUCUCACCAAACUUUUAGGAGAAUUCUUCCUUUAUUGUAUGUGAAAUCUUGGAAUAUUUCAGGUUGAAGUUUGAAUUCAAUGUUCAUGUUUCAUGGGUCGCAAUGAGAAGAUGAAGUGCUGGUAAUUGAUGGGUUUUUUUAUGUUCUUCUAUUUGUGAGUUGGUUUUUACAGUAGAUGUCUGUGGAGAUUGUGUUUUCUAUGAAUUUAAAAUUUAUACAUUUUCUAAAUGUAUAUUGAUGUAUAUAUUUAUAUAGUUAAUUGUGAAGGCAUUGUUUGCUGUUUCAUU